AUGAGAUUCUCAUCAGUUAUCGCAGCAUCGGCAUUGGUUACAUUAUCAAUCGCCACAGAGACCUUGGAAGAGAUUGAAACUGUCUACUCCAACCACACAACGCAAGUCACCAUCACGUCAUGCGCCAACAACGCCUGCUCUACAACCGUGAAUGCCGUGUCGCUUUCGCUCGCUACCACCACCAUCAACGGAGUCAAGACAGUCUACACAACUUACUGUCCGUUGACCGACGUAAGCGAGACCGUGGCUCCAUCAUCUGCUCCAUUAUCCACGUUGGCGCCAGUACUGAGUGUCGCACCAAGCAGCUCUGCUCCUGCUCCUGCUCCUGCUCCUGCGCCAUCUAGUCUUGCAGCUGCUCCAGCUCCAGCUCCAGCUGCUGCUUCCAGCGCUGAAGAAGACCAAUAUGUCGAUGUCACCAUUACACCUACUGUGUUGUCGACUACUAACGUUGCUGCUACUGAAAUUGCUCAAUCUACGUUGUUCACUUCGCAGUUGAACUCCACCUUGGCUGACAUUUCCACUUAUCAAGGUGGUGCUCAAAGAGCUGCUGUUGGAUUUGCUGCUGUCGCUGGCUUCGCUGCUGCCUUGCUCUAA